CUUCUCCUCCCACGCGUGUCCUCGCGUCUCGCGUGGGCGCCCGGGCUAAGCGUGGCUUAGCGGGAGCACGCGCCUGGUGUUGGCGGAAAAGAGGGGGAGGGAGGAGGGGCGAAGGGGAGCGAGUGGCUCCUCCUCCUGCUGCUGCUGCUACAGCCUCGCGUGGGGGCCAUCCGGCUUCUCGCGCGAGCCUCUGCCCGCUGGGUGCCUUUAAAUGGCUUUCGCGGGAGCGGCGGGUGCCAGUCCAGCCUCGUCUGUGAUGUAAGACGCGGCUCAAGGCGGCUGCGCCGAGCGCCUCGCUUCCUUUUUUUUCCGCCUGUCUCGGGCCUGAGCGCGCGUGGGGCCCUCCUUCCCUGCCUCCCUCCCUCCUUCCGUCCGUCCCGCUUGCCUCUUUGCCUGCCAGCCUGCCUGCCUGCCUUCUCCCAGCCGCGGGAGGGAUGGAAGGCAAGGAGGAGUGCCGCGUGCUCUCCAUCCAGAGCCACGUCGUGCGCGGCUACGUGGGCAACCGCGCCGCCGCUUUCCCCUUGCAGGUUUUGGGCUUUGAAAUAGAUACUGUGAAUUCUGUCCAGUUUUCAAAUCAUACAGGUUAUGAUCACUGGAAAGGGCAGGUGUUAAAUUCAGAUGAACUUCAUGAAUUGUAUGAGGGACUAAAACUGAACAAUGUGAACCAUUAUGACUACGUACUUACAGGUUAUACAAGAGACAAAUCAUUCCUUGCAAUGGUGGUCGACAUAGUACAAGAACUAAAACAACAAAACUCCAACCUGGUGUAUGUGUGUGAUCCUGUGAUGGGUGACAAGUGGAGUGGAGAAGGCUAUAUGGUGGGUAAUCCAUGCCAUGCUUACAUUAUGUUGGAUGAGGUGGCCUCUCAAUACUGCCUUGGAAGCAUCCCAUAUUACAUUGUGGUAUUACUCACUGGAAGGAAGAUACAUUCUGAAAAAGAAGCUAUAGAGGUUAUGGAUAUGCUCCACAAUAUGGGACCAGAAACAGUCGUAAUCACCAGCUCAGACCUACAGGCACCUUCAGGAGAUGAUUAUCUGAUAGCAUUAGGAAGCCAUCGAAAAAGGACACCAGAUGGCACCACAGUGACGCAGAGGAUCCGAAUGGAGUCUCCUAAAGUAGAUGCUGUCUUUGUUGGAACAGGAGACUUGUUUGCUGCCAUGCUCCUGGCCUGGACUCACAAGCAUCCAGACAACCUAAAGGUGGCAUGUGAAAAGACUGUGUCAGCCAUGCAGCACGUUUUGCAGAGGACCAUCAAGAGUGCAAAAGCCCUAGCUGGAAAAGGAAACAAACCUAAUUCAGCCCAGCUGGAACUGAGGAUGGUCCAAAGCAAAAAGGACAUAGAAAACCCAGAGAUAAUAAUAAGAGCUACUGAGUUAUAAAGGUUGUGUAUCUCCUAACAACGCACAAUGUAUUGAUGUCCUCAUUUUCUUUCCUGUAAGUUGUAAUGUUUGCCUUAGAUCUGUGACAGAAACCUGACUUCCAUGAAAUAGUGCCCAGCAUAGAUGAGAUCCACUACCAAGCACAUGUGCUGGCCUUGCUUGAAUUGAGAAGGAAAAAAAUUAGGUGUAUAUUGCAGCUCUCUCCCAGGUAUGAAAAGGGUUGUCUGAUUAAUUCAGUCUUAUUGUAAACCCUGGAUGUGGGAGCACAAGGUUUCCUGCCUUGCCAAAGACUUUCAGAAUGCAUUUGUUAGUGUAAUGCUUGUCUGGAGUAGAUACAUAUAUUGUGGUAAAGCAUUGUGUGCCAACUGUGUAGGUUACCUUUUCUCUCAGUAAAGAGAUCUGGUAGCCUGCUACAAUACUCUGUACCUCAACCACUCUGGAAGAAAAAGUGGAGGGAGAUACAGACAGAGUCUAUGGUGGGGAUCCAAAGUUAGCUUUUGGGUCCCCUGUAUUGUCCUUGGAGGUCUAACGACAUGUGGUUGAGGGUUUCUCCCAUUUCUGGUCUGAAUAAUUGCAAGAUUCCACCACCCAGAGGUGCUAAUCUUUUAAUAUCAAAAUUAUCCCAUGUUAUUUUUUGUUCAUGUCGAUAACGCCUUUCCUUUACUCCAUAAAGAGAUCAGAAUGAGUAUAAGAUAGAAGUGAUUCUACCUCUGAUAGAAAAUGUUUGCCUGAGUUUUAUCAAAGCCUUUUAAAGAUGCAGAUUUUCAUUAAUAAGUA